CCCCUCCGAGGCGCCGUAGCGCGGGAGGGAGGCGGCGGCACUGUGGUCCAACGGUCCGCGGGUCCGUGGGUCUGCCCGGGCGGCGGGAGGCGGCGGGGCCGGGCCAUGGGGGAUGGAGCAGCCUGCAGCCGCUGGAGCCCGGAAGCCAGCCCCAGCCGGAGCGGCACCCCCUGCUGAGCCCCGAGCGCCGGGUGAGAGGGAAGCGCGCGCGCCCCUCAGCCCAGGGCCCCGAGAUUCCAGACCCGGCCCAGCGAUCCCCGGCCAGGACCCGGCCGGCAGCUGGAUGCCUGGGCCCAUUGGGUGGGCCGGAGGUCGCCUACGGGAUGAGCAGAUUGCUGGGGGGGACGCUGGAGCGCGUCUGCAAGGCUGUGCUCCUUCUCUGCCUGCUGCACUUUCUCGUGGCCGUCAUCCUCUACUUUGACGUCUACGCCCAGCACUUGGCCUUCUUCAGCCGCUUCAGUGCCCGUGGCACUGCCCGUGCCCUUCAUCCAGCCGCCAGCAGCAGCACCAACUGCUCCCGGCCCAACACCACUGCCUCCAGCUCUGGGCUGCCUGAGGCCCCCAGUGUCCGGCCCGGCUCCACGGCUCCCAUCCUGCCACCCUGUCCUGACUCGCCACCUGGUCUUGUGGGCCGACUGCUGAUUGAGUUCACCUCACCCAUGCCACUGGAGCGGGUGCAGAGGGAGAACCCAGGCGUGCUCCUGGGUGGCCGCUAUACGCCGCCCGACUGCACCCCAGCCCAGACAGUGGCAGUCAUCAUCCCUUUUCGACACCGGGAACACCAUCUACGCUACUGGCUCCACUAUCUGCACCCCAUCCUGAGGCGACAGCGGCUACGCUAUGGCAUCUACGUCAUUAAUCAGCAUGGUGAGGACACCUUCAACCGGGCCAAGCUGCUCAACGUGGGCUUCUUAGAGGCGCUGAAGGAGGACGCCACCUAUGACUGCUUCAUCUUCAGUGACGUGGACCUGGUCCCCAUGGAUGACCGCAACCUGUACCACUGUGGCGACCAACCCCGCCACUUUGCCAUUGCUGUGGACAAGUUCGGCUUCCGGCUGCCCUAUGCUGGCUACUUUGGAGGCGUGUCGGGCCUGAGUAAAGCCCAGUUUCUGAGAAUCAAUGGCUUCCCCAACGAGUACUGGGGCUGGGGUGGUGAGGAUGACGACAUCUUCAACCGGAUCUCCCUGACUGGGAUGAAGAUCUCGCGCCCAGACAUCCGCAUAGGCCGCUACCGAAUGAUCAAGCACGACCGCGACAAGCAUAACGAGCCCAACCCUCAGAGGUUUACCAAGAUUCAAAACACGAUCCUGACCAUGAAGCAGGAUGGCAUUGGGUCAGUGCGGUACCAGGUCUUGGAAGUGUCUCGGCAACCACUCUUCACCAACAUCACAGUGGACAUUGGGAGGCCCCCAUCAUGGCCCCCUCGGGGAUGACACUAAUGGACAAAGGCUCCUGUGCCAAGGAUUGCCUGCCAGAGGACUGACUUACAGCCUGGCUGGAGGCUGCUCUGUGGGGGAUCCCCAGGACUGAGACUGUGGGCUCUGUUUUUUGAGGGUCUUCAAUAGCCUCCCCCAGCUGCACCUGGGAGUUUCAGAACCUACUUUGGGGGGGCUUCCAUUCUGGGGAGGCCCCUCAAGUGUGGCCCUCUCUGGGGUCAACCCUCCUUUUUGCCCCUCCCUUCCCCAGUCCAGCCCCCCUCACUGUCAGGGUCGGGCCAGCCCCUGCACUGCCUCACCGAGUGGCCUGGGCUAGGUCACUCCACCUCUCUGUGCCUCAGUUUCCCCUCCCCUGAGUCCCCUAGGGCCUGGAAGAGUGGGAGGUAUGACUAGGGGGCAGUGCUGCUUCCAGGGAGAAUUGUCAGACCUGGGGAUCCCCCUUGCUCCCAGGGGAGGGGAAACCUUUUUCAUUCAACAUUGUAGGGGGCAAACUGGUGGCCCCCUGCUGAGGAGCAGCCCCAGGAGGGGACCAGAGUUGGGUGCUGUGUCGCUGCCUGGGAUCUUGGGGUUGGGCUUUGCAUGGGUGGCAGGUGGGGUUUGGAUCAGUCUGGUUCCCACCUUCCUGUCUCAGAGGGAAGGCAGUAGCCCCAGGGCCGGCUCGUGUUUGUAUAUUGCACAGAAACUUGUGUGGGUGCUUUAGUAAAAAACAUUAAUGGA